CUUGGCUCGUUCUUCUUGUUCUUCAAUUCUUGGUAUGUACCAUGCACAUGUCGUGCCAUUCACUUGGACAUAUAGCUUUUACUUGAGAGGCAACUCGCUUACUUGGUCAUGAUUUAGGGGUGUCAUCAACACAUGGGGUGCAUUCCAAACAUACUACGAACAAAGUUUCUUGUCCGGCAUGUCCUCAGACUCUAUUGCUUGGAUUGGAUCCUUGCAGUCGUUCCUUCUCAUGUUGUUUGGGGUCGUGACUGGUCCCCUAUUUGAUGCAGGCUAUUUCCGUGGCCUUAUCACCUUUGGGACUGUUGGGCUGCCAUUUGGCCUUAUGAUGACUAGUCUAUCCUCCAAGUUUUGGCACCUAAUUCUCGCACAAGGGGUCGUUAUCGGAUUAUCCGCCGGCUGCCUGUUCGUCCCCUCUGUCGCCAUCCUACCUCAGUACUUCCAAAGGAAGAGAGGUUUGGCCAAUGGACUGGCUGCUUCGGGAAGCAGCAUCGGUGGCGUGAUCUACCCAAUAAUGUUCAAUCAACUACAGCAGAGUGUUGGGUUCGAGUGGGCUACGCGUGCAGUAGGGUUCCUUUGUUUCGGAACCUGCUGUAUCUCAUGUUGCCUCAUGCGAAUGCGCUUCCAACCUAAGGAGAAACGUAAGCUGAUUCAGCUUUCAGCGUACAAAGAACCGCAAUUUGUCAUGUUUUCCCUCGCUAUGUUCAUGGGCUUUUUGGGGUUCUACAACUUCUUAUUCUACGUUCAGUCCUACGCUAUCGAGACUGGGAUUGUAGAUUCCAAGCUGGGUUUCUAUCUUCUUGCAAUGCUGAACGCCGGGUCCACCUUUGGACGAGUCCUGCCCAACUUCGUUGCCGACCAUACCGGCCCUUUGAACGUCCUCACCCCUGCCGCUACCGCUACCGCUAUUCUUGCCUUUGCUUGGAUUGGUGUGCACAACGUCCCUGGUAUCAUUGUCUUGGCUAUUCUAUAUGGUCUCACUUCCGGUGGUUUCGUGUCGCUGCCGCCGGUGGUUAUGGCUAGCAUGACCAAGGACAUCCGUAAUUUGGGAACACGCUUGGGUAUGGUCUUCUCAACCACUUCGUUCGGACUAUUAAUCGGAACACCGAUCGGCGGUGCCAUACUGGACAGCACUCAUAAGUAUCUUGGUGUCCAACUCUUCACUGCCUGCUGUCUCAUCACGGCUUCUUCAAUUUUCGCUGCGCUGAGACUGUCUCGCACUGGCUUCCACUUUGCUGUCAAAGCCUAAACUCUGGUGCCAUAUCUCAUUCUACCAGGCUUACGGGCGAAAUGAGGAAACGCCGUUCUUGCUCUUCUGGGCUAAGGGGUGAUAGGAAAAAUGAAGCCACUCUAACUUAGAGCUAUCAGCGUCCCUUCUCAGGGUUUCCGUGUCGCUACACGUUUGCCAGAAUAGAGACGGGGUCAUAACUCUCCUGGGGCUCACGUUUCAGUGGGGGAUUCAUCGAGAACGCCAGUCGCACAGUCGGCCCCUAACGGUACACCUCAAGUUAAACAGAUCGAAAUGAUCGGACGGUUUCUCCAUACGAAGUCAUUGCAUCAUGCCGGGAGGCUGGAGUUUUGGGUCCUACAAAAGUUGCAUGCUUUCAUAGAGAUUUGCGAUAGAAUUUGCACGUAUAUACAUAAUGUUGAAUAGAUAGACUAGAAUUUCAGUACGUUUGACGCUACAGUAUU